AUGAAUGAUGUCUACUACAAACAGUUUCAACAUUAUCCACGUUUGUAUCUCUUUGGCAUCAGUAAAGGAUCGAGGAUCAGCUCAUUGCUUUGUCGAGUUCUUCCUGUUCAAGCUCAAAUCUUAUACAUCGUGCCCGGCUAUCGGCCAAGCUUGCUCGUGCAUUCUGAUCAUGACAAGGCCAUGCAAAAUCGAUUCAUUUUGGAUCAUACCUUCGCAAAUUGGUUUUAUUUUGAUUACUGUUUGACUAAACAUGCGACCACAGAUAAACGAUGUCCAUUUCAUCGUCCAGAUAAAAAUUAUUUCAAUCCAGUUCCGCCAACGUAUUUUGUUCACUACAACAACGAUCCAGUAUCGAAUUUAUCUCAGUAUCAAAGCAUCCUUUCAGAUUUAAAAGACGAUGCCGUCGGUCUAGGUGGUGUCUUACUCUCGCAUCACAAGGCACUUAGACUUCAUGUUGUUCAGGCACUUAAUGCGACUCCUGAUUGUAUGAGAAACAAAUUUGACAGGUGGAAGAAUAAACCUCGUUUCUCGCAGUUGUUCUAUGAGCAUUUCAUCAAUACAACCUUCAAAACGAACGAUAGAACACUGAGAACAUGCUGGUGUACGCCGAAGAAUUUUAUUUACUUCGAUCGAUAUCCUAACAUCACGCAGAGAUGGUCCAAAACGGAACAAGAAGAUUAUCAUAAUUAUGUCGAAGACAUUAAACGUUCAAAAGAAAACUUUUGUGAAACAGUUUGUGGAGAAAUUAUGGCAACACAUGCAAUGUCAUCACGUCAUGUCAAGAAUACUCUAGAUUGGCUCGAUGUGAUAGAUCACCAGCGAUCUCUGCAUCAGAUCGACGAUUUCCAGAGUAGACCUCUCCGCCUUUGGAUCUAUAAUAAAUCAGAAAUUGUUCAUGAUCGAAGAUACCUUGCCUAUCAGACGCCGAUGGAUUCAAGCUGUGGUCGACAAUAUCCGUCGCAUCAAAUGUACUCGCCAGAAUACUUUCUACACGACUAUUUUCAACGCUUAGCUGACGUAUAUCCACUCUCACGGCAUAAUCUCAUCUGGGCUAAGGAUCCUCUUUUGGCUGAUUAUUACAUGAUUCCACAUGAUUACGUUUGUAUCGAUCGUGUAUUCUAUCGACCGAGUUCGACAACCGAGUCCGAACAUCGAUUUCGCUCAAAUCAUUUGAAUCGAAACUAUCUCAUACCGUUACUGACCAAUGUUCGUACUCUGUUUCCCUACUGGAACAUGACAUCAGGCGCGAAUCACAUUAUUGCUUUCACAGUUGGCAGAAAUUUGGGUAUCACUCGUGAUAGCGAUCUUCUAGGUACCCUCAAGCACGUAAUCCAGUUGGCAUUUACUGGUAUGCGACAAGAUUUAUUACCUCGCGACUCAUCACCUUUGUAUAUUCAUAAAAUUGGGAUACCUUUUUAUCGGCAUAACUAUGAUAUUGUCAUUCCACCAUUUAAUCGGUGGCAAUCAAUUCACGAUAAGCCACUUACGAUGCGCUCUGACUUCAAGCUGUGGUAUAAUAUGAGAAAAAACCUUUUGUUCUUCGCUGGCACAGUGAACAAUUCCGUUUCAAUGUUAUCAGCGCGACAACGUCUAUCAUCAUUGAUCAAAGAAGAUGUCGGAGAACGAAAAAGAUAUGAAAAAUUCAGUACGAUAGAUGGAAAAAAGUUAACUACAAUAUCUUUAAUCGAUGGUCACAUUUCAUCUACUGACUAUGUUGAAUCAAUUCGUUCAAGUAUUUAUCAUCUGUGCCCUGAAGGUUUCAGUCCAUGGUCGCCUCGCCUCUACGAAUCGAUUUGUUUCAGAGUCAUCCCGCUGAUAAUAGCCGAAAGUAUCGUACUUCCUUUUGAGCGAUUCAUUGAUUGGCGUUCAUUUAGUACGAAAUUCCAUGGCAAUAAUGUGAGAAAUAUGAUUGAUGUGAUUCUAAAAAUUGAUCAAUUCCAAGAUUAUGUCGAGAAAAAACUAAAAAAUGCUGCAACAUACUUUCAUGCUUUCCGAUGGCCAUAUACUCCUGUUAAUAACCAACAUGAUCGACAUUCGUUUUUACCAGAAGAAGACUCGAAUGGAACGAUCAGAAAUGUGUUUCAUUAUUUAGCUCUCGAAUUACGAUGUCGGAGGCUCGAACAAUUUUAUGGUGUAGUUUUCGAUCAUUUUUCGAUGCAGUCUAUCAAGGCGAGACAACAAGCAUGCACUCAUCAUCCAACAAUAUGCCCAUGUUAUGAAGAAAAAAUAAGCUUAGCUGUUGAAGAAUAUAUUUGA